AUGCUUGACGCUAAGCACCGAGCAAAAUUGUCUGAUUUCGGUAUUUCAAGGGUGAUGGCUGUGGAUGAUACUCAUCUCACUACCGUGGUGAAAGGUACCGCCGGAUAUGUCGAUCCUGAGUACUACCAAUCCGAACAAUACACGGAAAAGAGCGACGUGUACAGUUACGGUGUCGUCCUCGCCGAACUCAUCACCGGAGAGAAGCCGGUCUCUUCCCAACGGCCUCAAAACACCCGGACUCUAGCAACUUACUUUCUCGUUGCAAUGAGAGACGACAGGCUUUUCGACAUUAUUGAUCCUCGCAUCAGAGAUGGUUGCAUGUUGGAGCAAGUCAAGGUCAUGGCCAAGAUUGCGAGGCUGUGUCUGAACCUUACGGGAGAGAGACGACCCAGCAUGAGGGAUAUUUUAGUGGAGCUGGAAUGUAUCCGUUCGUCGCCUCAUGGAGUUUCACUGCACCUGGGCUGUAUAGUUGAAAACGAUGAAGAGGAUGACCAAGCUGUAGAAGUUAUCUCACGCAGAGAAACGUUCAACAUCGAUAUUGCUUCAACUUCAGCAUAUCAAUAUGACUACGGUGCAGCUAUGUCGACUGAUGUUGAACCGUUAUGUCCUUCUCAAACAUGGUGA